AUGGCUAAUGACGAGGUUCCCUUUUCGGACCCGGUCAUUGAUAUUUGUGCCGUCCAUGGUGCAGAUAUGGAGGCCGAGGAUGCCCCCGCUUUGCUUCCCCUCGCGGAUAAGCCAUUUGAUGCGGCCACUUACCAGCCACGCACUCAUAUUCUCUCGCCAAGUGGGAUUUUACGAUUUAUGGGCUUCAUCCCUGGGUUGGAGGAGGACACACUUCUGCGCGAGCCCACGGAGAACUUAUCCACCGAGGGCUCUAUGCUCUGGGUUUACACGUAUUUCACCACUCUAGCUCCAGUCCCAGUGAGGCUGAUUGAGUUGUCAGUACCCCGCUCUCGGUACUACAACUCACGGUUCAGAUGCCGCAGCCUAGUAGAUUGGACCUUCCUAUACUUCCGCCGCUUCUUUGAUACGAUCACUGCGGAUCAGGUUGAUUGGCAUCCUUGGGCGAGUAUCUCCGCAGCGUCCAGAGCAACUUAUGCUACUGCCUGGUAUGCCUCUGCCAUGUGGAUUUUGUUCGAGGGCCCUUUUGGUCGAGCCUAUUAUCUGGAAGAGAGGUUCAUCUGCCAAACCCAAGGCGUUACCCAUCCAGACGUUCUGCAUCCUCCUCCUCCAGGCAUGAGGUCAGUUGAUGAGAUACAGGACGGACGUACGAUCGACCUCUUGAUGGAGGGAGAGGACGAUGAUUGACAUCAUAUGGCCGGUGACUUCACUACCUUCUUGUAUACUCGGGUGAUGGCACCCCUCACCCCGGGCGUGGCCCUUCCGGAGGUUGCCGCUACUGCCGCUGAUGCCCCUGCUAGAGGCGCCCCUGUCGUUGCUCCUAUUCCUGGGUUCCCUGUGAUUCCCACGGAGAUCACAUACAUGCACCCAAAUGGGGUGCUCAAGCAGAUUCCGAUCGUUGAGAUCAAGGAGAGGGAUCGCCGGAUAGUUUUUGCUCUAGGCAU